AUGGGUUUUAAAUUGGAUUCUAACAAUAAUAGCAAGAAACCCGUUGUGAUGUGGAACAAUUUGAAUUUUUUAGCUUUUGAAACAGCAUUGCUGGAAAAUGAAAUUUCUAAAUCUGUGUUAAUUAAUGGAGUUUUGUUUGAAAAUAAUCUUUAUGCCCCACCAUUUGAAUAA